CAUUUUAUAAUUGUGUGUCAUUGAUUUCUGGAUAAUUCUUGAAGUUUUGUUAUUAAAUAUUAAAACACUAUGGGUAAAAAAGCUCAAAAAAUGAAGAGCAUAACUAAAAGCAAGACGAAGACUCACAAGCAGAAAGUAAAAUCUCAUAAGAAAAACAAAAACAUUUCAAAACCAAAGUACCGGACAAAACUGCGAUCAGAGAGUCAAGACAAAUUUAAAAAACCAGAGGCACCUCUUACUGACUAUUUGACACACAAGUCAAAUUACAUUGCUGUCCGAUUUAUAUUUGAAUGCGGUAUUAAACUGGGCCUUAAACAUAUAACUAUAUGCUCAGCAGCAGUUUACUUCCAUAAGUUUUAUAAACAUGUUGAUGAAACCACAUAUGACAAUUACUCUAUAGCUAGUGCAACUUUAUACUUGGCUAGUAAAGUACAAGAUGAAACCAUCAGACUUCGAGAUUUGAUAAAUGUGUGUUACCACACAUUACACAGGGAUGCAGCUCCAUUGCGCUUAGCUGAAGAUUAUUGGAACUUCCGGGAUUCCAUUGUGCAUGCUGAAAUGUUAAUCAUGAGAUUUGUAAAAUUUGAUACAACUGUUGAUCAUCCACAUAACUAUUUUUUGCACUACAUUCAGACUCUACGGCCAGUUUUCUAUUCAAAACAUGGCAAGGACAUCAUUGUAUUUAAGAAGGCAUAUGAUUUCUUACAUGAUUUUUAUCACAGCAGUGAUAUUCUUCAGUUUAAGGCACAGCAUAUUGCAAUUGCUUGUAUUGAACUUGCAAUCAAAGUAUAUGGAAUUCCAUCUCAAACAAUUGAUUAUGCAAUUCAACCUUGGUAUCAGGCAUUGGUUGAAGACUUGGACAAGGAUACACUUUGGAAUGUUAUGGCAGCGAUCAUGGACACAUAYGAUCUCGAGUUAUCUACCAACUAAAAGCAAUACUAUUCCUUUUAAUAUGUGUUUGUAAUUUGUUUAAAUUUUAUUAAUAGUAAUUCUUAUAAAAAGAAAAAAUAAAUAAUUAUAAUAAAAAAUCCAAUGUAACAGUU